GCGGCUCAAUAAAAAAACCCUCGUUAUUAUCUUGAGCAUAUAUUUCCUUUAAGAAGAUGGCGGCGAGUCAGGGAGGAGCGGCAGCCACAGCGGUCCUACAGGGCCAUCACUAUCCGGCCGGACCGCACUGGAGCGCGAGCGGCGCGCCGCCUCAACCCCAGCCGCCGCACACCGCGCGCAGCUUGGACCGCGCGCUCGAGGACGCAGCCUGCUCCGGAGUGCUGAACAUCAGCGGGAGGAAACUGCGCGACUACCCGGGACUCAGCUACGAUCUAACGGACACCACGCACGCAGAUUUAUCCAAGAACCGUUUUGGAGAGAUCCCCCCUGAAGUGUGUAUGUUCGCACCGCUGGAGUCGCUCAACCUCUACCACAACUGCAUAAAGAUGAUUCCGGAAGCCAUCGUUAACUUACAGAUGCUUACAUACCUCAAUAUCAGUCGGAAUCAACUGUCCGUGCUGCCCAAGUUCCUGUUCAAUCUGCCUCUCCGAGUCCUGGUGGUCAGCAACAACAAACUGCUGUCCAUUCCGGACGAUAUUGGCAAAGCCAAAGACCUCAUGGAACUGGACAUAAGCUGUAAUGAAAUUCAGGUGCUUCCUACUCAGAUGGGGAAACUCCAUGCCUUACGAGAGCUGAACAUCAGAAGAAACUGCAUAGAAGUCCUUCCCGAUGAGCUGUCUGAUCUGCCGUUGAUCAGGUUGGAUUUCUCCUGUAAUAAGAUCACAGAAAUCCCUCCGUCGUACCGUAAACUCUGCCAGAUCCAGCACAUCGUCCUCGACAACAACCCCAUGCAGUCCCCUCCUGCACAGAUCUGUCUGAAGGGAAAGAUUCACAUCUUUAAGUAUUUAAACAUGCAGGCGUGUCGGCUGGAGAAGAAGCCUGACUCACUGGACCUGCCUUUGGCGGGCAAACGCUGUUUAGCGCAGCAGCUGACAGACAGCAUAGAGGAUUUUUACCCCAGUAAGAACCAUGGACCUGAUUCGGGUAUUGGGAGUGACAACGGGGAUAAGAGACUAUCUACUACAGAGCCCUCGGAUGACGACACUAUCAGCCUACACUCUCAGGUGUCGGAGACGGCGCGGGCCGAAGCCCACUCUCUCCUCUGCAAGCUGGACUCGAACAGAGAUCAGGACCCGUACGACUUCAUUGACCCAAACCCAGAUGAAGACGUUGUUCUCUGUGAGGCCGACAUGCAGCAGAACACACCCUACGUCACCUGUAUAAAGGAGCUGGAAAGGGUUCUUAAAACGCACCAAAGCAAAGACAAGGAGAACUGGAAGGAGGAAUCUGGCUCAGAGAAAGAGCAGCUUGCCGAGGAAGAAGAUGAUGAGUUGAAGGACGUUUUGGAUCUUAGGAAGAUUGCAGUGCAACUGCUGCAGCAGGAGCAACAGAACAGCAGAUUUCUAAGUCAUUCUGGAGGAAGCAGCAAACAGAGAUCUCCCUCACAAACCGUUAGGAGUGCGUCACUGGAUGAGGGAAGCAGUUCAUCCUCAGCAAUGUGUGGACAGGAUGCCGACCUCACCGAUGAAGACGCCACGUUCUCUGAGCCCUCGUUAUCCUGCUCGUUCGACGGGAGUCUGAAGUCGGAGAACGGCGACAGCGAGCCCAAAUGGCCCGAGCUUCCUCCCAUCCUAAACCAGAAUGAAGACCGGAGACGAAACAAAUACCUGAGGAAGGACUACCUCAAGUACAAGUGCCAAAGUGCACGAAGAAACUCCACCGAGAACGAUUCUGAGGAAGGAUUGCAUUCCACAGAUUUCAGCACAACACUGACUGUCUUUGGCUUGAAGCCGAGAUCAGCCUUUUCCCGCAGCAGUAGCCGUCAGGAGUAUGGCUCGACAGACCCCAGCUUCACAAUGAGGAGAAAGAUGGAGCAUCUCAGAGAGGAAAUGGAGCAGAUACAGCUCUUGCGGCAGAACCUGGAGUCAAGGUUGAAGGUUUUGUUGCCCGAUGACGUGGGUGCUGCUUUAAUGGAUGGCGUUGUGUUGUGCCAUCUGGCCAAUCACAUUCGACCUCGGUCCGUGGCCAGCAUUCACGUACCCUCACCAGCAGUGCCGAAGCUGAGCAUGGCGAAGUGCCGGCGGAAUGUUGAGAAUUUUCUGGACGCGUGCAAGAAACUCGGAGUGCCCCAGGACAAGUUGUGUUUGCCUCAUCACAUCCUGGAGGAACGAGGUUUGGUGAAAGUCGGCAUUACCGUCCAAGCCUUGUUGGAUUUGUCGUCGUCCAAGCCAACUCAGACAUCCACCAUGUAGCACUCAAUCUGGGACAAAGUUCCCGAAAAGACAACAAUGAAAAAAAAAAAUCCAGGACAACCAGACAUUCCCUAGCAUCGUCCAUCCUGCCUUAUGGCCCUCUGCUCUGAGCACUCUGCUCUACCUUCUCUUUUAGCCUCUGAACUUCAGAGCUUUCUCUGAGCAGACUUAACGACUCCUGCUAGAAGCAACAACAAAAAGGUCUGCAACCUUCUAGCCUUAGUCCAAUGCCACACGAGCUACUGAGAGACCGGUGAGAACAAGAGCGAGGGACUGAGAGAUAAUGAGAGUAGUGCGUCUAGAAUAUUAUCCGUUGAAGUAGAGGACGACUGGACCUCAUCAAGGGUAGUGCCGCCCCACCCACCGCCCCUCUGUCUAUCUCUAUUCAGUUCUGUACAAAUGUUACACAAAUCAGCAAAAGGAAACAAGAUUUAUUUGUGUUUGUCGACAGUUAAAUGCUAAUCUAGCUAGCCAACACCACGUUCCAAACGCUGUGCGACGCUGCCAGCGUACUAUUUCAACAGUAGAGCAAGUGGUGGUGAGUUUUAGAUUUUACCUGUAUGAAAACUGGCUGCAUCGCCAUUAUUUAUUUGAAAACGUUACCGCUCAUUCUCAUAUUCUUCUUUAACUUCGCGACCCCCAACAAACGGCAGACGUCAUGAUAUUCCGAUGUUCUCAAAGGCGAACGGAAGCUUCUUCUCUUUCCCAACCUCUCACUGUCUCUCUUCCCUCUAUUCCCGUCCACGUUCACCCCAUUCUCCGCUACACCAGGAAGCCCACACGGACACACGCCUGGAAGAAUUCCCACAGCGGAUUGGCUGAUAUGGAGCACCGGGCGGACUUUCACACCCGAACGGAAUGCCCUCCUCCUGCAUGACGCCGCUAAAUCCACUCAAUUAGAGAAGUCCAGUAAUUUGUGCGUUUGGAAGAAUUCCGUGUACACGUGUAAGAAAGAAUUUGAAAGUUGUAGAUAGAAGAAGAACGCGUGGAGCGCACAGAAGAUAUUGAGGAUGGAUCAACAAACACUUGAAACGAGGCACAACUGGAUAAACUUUUUUUUUUUUUUUUCUUUUUAAUCGGGUAAAUGAUGUGAACUGCUUAUUUUUAUUCUUUUUAUUUAUUGUUAGUUGAAAUAGAUCUAUGCCCUGGAUCGUGGUUUUAAUGUUCAAU